GGGGGGGCGUACGAAGUCAAACUUAGCCAAUAAACGUCGAUGAAAUUUGUCAAGGAUUAUUUUGCCGGACAAAUUUCUUUACGCAUAAUAAGGGGGUUUAUUAAAGAGUUAGUAAGCAAGUAAUAUUUUAAAGGGUUCUUUAUUGAUAUGGUAUUAUAGUGAACUAAAAACUAAUUUGAUAUCUUGUAUAGUUUUAGAGUUAUGCGGCAUUAAACAAGAAUAACUGGGUUCCGGACAACCCACCUGAAUGAAAAACUGGGCCUUUAUAUAUUUUUUUUCAAUGAUUAAAUUAUUUAAUAUUUUAAUAUUAGUUAUUGCCCGAGGUCGAUAGCUAAGAGAUGUUUCCAAAAAAAAAUAGUAUAUGACUAUUUUGACUUUCUGCACCAGCGUUUUCAGUCUUGCCAUCAAAUUUUAUUGCUUGGGAUAUUCACCCAAUAACUUUGCUCUCGUUUGACACAUACAACUUUUCACCUCAGUAGUGAGAACAUAUUAAGGUCAGUUUAUAUCUACAGACAUUGAGCGUGCCAGACACGUGCCGUGGCAGACAAAAAAAUAUUCUUAUAUACAGCUUCUAUUAACAAAUUUAUAUCUAUCGUAACACGGCCGCGCAGACGCCGACAGACACGGGCCGUGCCCGUGCCAAGAUUUUUUUGUCUGCGCGGUGCAUGUCUGUACAGGUUUGUGGCUAUCUGCCGGUCAAUGUGAAUAGGGCACCGGAACCUGUGUCGGUGUCUGUCGAUGUCUGACACGGCACGCUUCUGCUAGAUGUGAAUAAAAACGGAGUCUUUCCCGGUACGGGCCUGGUGCGCUUAAUGUCUGUAGAUAUAAAUAAACGGUGUCUGUCGGUGUCUGCCACGGCACGUGUCUGGCACGCUCAAUGUCUGUAGAUAUAAACCGACCUUUAAAGGUAAAAAAAAAUCAACAUCAAGUAAAGUUAACCACAUUUAUUUACAUUCAAGAAUGAAAGGCAUCAUCAUUAUGACGAAAGCUUGUCUCACUCCCUGGAGUAACGAAAGAAGGCUUGUUCGAGCUGCUGUGGUGAAAAUGUUAUUUAGGAACCAGUUUUAGAUUGUUUAUCACUUUAUCCUGGCCUUGCAGCCGAUGAUAAGCGUGAUAACAAUUUUAGCUGGCGUUUUGUUUUGGCUAUGUAUUUACUACAACUACACUACAACCGUUUUGCAACUCACGCCAUGACCACGUGUAUCAUAUCAGUCAUAUUAUCAUAUUAUAUUUAUGUACUAUCAUCAAUCAAUCAAGCAAUCAUCUUUUAUUUGGUGGUGUUUGUCACAUAUGUGGGUAGAUUUAGUAAUCAGGCGCCGACUGAAUGUGGGUAGGCUUAAUUCUUCGUUCUCGAAAUACAUUCUAUGCUGAACGGACGUGUUUCCUUGGUGCCUCCUCAUCAGCCCCUACCCUGGCCAGAAGGCAUAUUUAACAGUGGCGACGGGACUGUGAUCUACGUGUCGAACUUUUUAGUGUUGUGGUUUAGUUAAUCGUGUUAAUAAACAGUUACAAUGGCAGUCGGAAAGAUAGCCCCGUUCGAUAUGAACAAAGAUUGUUGGGACUUAUACGUGGAGCGUUUAGAACAGUAUUUUAUAGCGAAUUCAGUGAGUGACACGGUUAAAGUGGCUACUUUAAUUACUGUGGUAGGCAGUGACGCGUAUGAACUUAUGGUUAAUUUGUGUACGCCGGCGCGACCGGCAACAAAGACUUUUGAUCAGUUGAAGGCCAUUAUGAAAUCGCACUUGCAACCUAAACCGAGUGUAUUAGCAGAAAGGUUCAAAUUUCGACAACGACGUCAGGCGAGUGAUGAGAGCAUAGCUGAGUAUGUCGCAGCCUUGAAGAAAAUGUCAAUGACUUGCAAUUUUGGCGCGGACUCAUUGCAAGAAAAUUUAAGGGACCAAUUUGUUUGCGGUCUAUCGAAGGAUGUUAUACGACAGCGGCUAUUCGCAGAGGAGGAAAUCACGUUCGAGAAAGCUUUUAAAUUAGCCGUAACGAUAGAUUCGGCCGAGACGGAAUCGGCGGUUAUGGAGAAGCGAGUAGACAACCAUGGAGGAAGUACGGGUGUCUACCAGGUGGCAUCGAGCCGGGGGCGGGGGAGCUACGGUCACGGAGAAGCCGCCGGGGGACGGAAGGUCACGGGGGCUACGCGAGGUUGGGCGGGCGCCGGGCGCGGCGCGAGCGGCCGGGGCGGACGGCGCGGGCCGGGCGUCGCGGGCGCCGGCCGCGAGCGCGGCGCGCACGGUGGCGCAGCUGGCUGCAAGGUGUGCGGCGGCAGUCAUGACUCCAACACGUGCAAGUUUAAGGCUUACGUGUGUCGGGUGUGCAACCGAGAUGGACAUCUGAAGAGGAUGUGCCCGAGACUACGCGAGGAACAGCUGUUCGCGUUGUACGACGGAGACGCGGAUGGGCAGGUGGCGUAUGACGACAGCGAGGGAAGUGACGAGGUAGUUACCUAUAACUAUUCAAUGGCUUUAAAGGACUUUAGUGCUUAUCCGCCAUAUGUAUUAUCAAUGAAAGUUAACAAGAGAUACAUAGAUAUGGAAAUUGAUACGGGUAGCUGUAUUUCUUGCAUUAGUUAUGAUUGUUACUUAAAAACUUUAGGGAAUUUUAAAUUAAAUCCGAGUGAUGUCUCAAUGCGAUAUUACACCGGGGAAAGGGUAAUACCCGUAGGUAAAUUAUGCGUGAGUGUACAAUAUGGCAAAGUAAACAAACAAUUAGAUCUGUAUGUAAUUAAAAGGGGCAUGACAAGUUUAUUAGGUCGACAAUGGAUUCAUGAACUCGGGGUAACUUUGCCCACUUCCGUGCCAUGUAACAAAUUGGAAAGGGAAAAUAUUAGUCAAAACUUUGAUGAAAAUGUGUUCAGUUCCAGGUUUAAAGAAGUUUUUGAAGACGGUUUGGGGCGGUUCACGGGCGGCAAGGUCGGGUUCGCGCUGCGCGAGGGGGCGCGGCCGGUGUUCCUGCGCGCGCGCCCGCUGCCGUACGCGCUGCGCGAGCCGGUGGAGCGUGCGCUGGAUCAGCUAGUGCGCGACGGCAUCAUCACGCCCGUGCCCACCUCGGACUGGGCCACUCCCGUCGUACCGGUAAUGAAAAAAGAUGGGACUAUUCGUUUGUGUGGGGAUUUCAAAUUGACACUGAAUAAAUGUUUGCAAGUGGAUCAUUUUCCAGUACCUCGAGUAGAUGAUUUGUUGACAAAAUUGCAUAAGGGGGAUAAAUUUUCGAAAAUUGACUUAUCGCAAGCGUACGCGCAAUUCGAAUUAGACGAUUCAAAACAAUACACCGUAAUAAAUACCCACAAAGGCUUGUUUAUGUACAAUCGCUUAAUUUAUGGCUUAGCUUCCAGUCCCGGCAUAUUUCAAAGGAAGCUAGAGCAGUUGUUUGCGGACUUACCAACGGUAGGGGUUUUCUUGGACGACAUUAUUAUAACUGGUUCUGACGAUCGGGCGCAUUUAGAAACUCUCACGGAGGUAUUUGAGAGGUUGCGGAAGUAUGGGUUAAAGGUAAAAAAUGUGGGUAGGCUUAAUUCUUCGUUCUCGAAAUACAUUCUAUGCUGA